AUGGAAAAUUUUCUUUUUUUUUUCAGGAAUGCAACCUAUGUAUACACAACUGAAUAUCCGCCAUAUUAUCAGUAUCAAGCGCUUCAUUCACCAAAUCAACAGACUUAUAUAAUUCAACAAGAGAAUUCACCGAAUUCAAUUGACGAUGAAUCGAGUGCACAACUCGGACAUACUACACGUGCCUCACCUGCUACGAUUCAGUGGUUAAUAAAUAAUUAUGAACCAGCCGAUGGAACUUCAUUGCCACGAUGUACAUUAUAUAGUCACUAUAUCAAGUUAUUUUUUAUUUUUUGUAAAUUUUAUUUUUAUUGGUUCCAAAAAAACAAAAAUUUUAGGCACUGCAAUGAUAAUAAGUUAGAAGCAGUAAAUGCAGCAUCAUUUGGUAAAUUAAUUCGUUCCGUAUUUCAUGGUUUACGUACUCGACGUCUUGGUACACGUGGAAAUUCGAAAUAUCAUUAUUAUGGGAUUCGAAUUAAACCAGAUUCAUUAUUAAAUCGAAAUAUUAAUUUACAUUUAUCUGUUAAUGAUGAAUAUAAUAGAAAUAAUAAUCAACAACAUCAGAUGUCUACGAGAAAUAGAAAUGGUCCCCCAUCUUCACGAAUUUAUUCGACAAAUACGAAUCAUCGAUCAGCAUCGUUUCAAGCAUAUAGUAAUAAUCAAAACUUAAAUCUUACAAAUAAUGAUGAAACUUGCGUUGAAAUGGAUCGUGAAAUACUUGGUGAUGGUGAAGUACCACAAGUGCCAAUGCCUGAUAUGCAAGGAUUAGAAAAUUUUCUGCAACCUCUUGGAUUGACUUUACAACAUGCUAUAAAAUUUAUUGAUGGAUAUACAACAAAUUGUGCAGAAGUGCUUGAAUGUGUCAAACAUUUACAAUUUGAAGCGGUUGAAGAAUGUUGGACGACUUUUUGGCAACCUGAAAAUGAGCAAGAGGAAAUGGAAGAGGAUGAUUGCAUGUCGAAUGAGUUUGUCGUUUCAUUUUUAAAAUAUUGCCUGUUAUUUAUUAUUUUAUUUAUCCAUAUUAUUUUGUUUGAUUUUAAAAAAAUUUUUUUAAAUUUUAUUUGCAAGCUUUUACAAAAAAAAAGCAGCCUUACCACUCAAAUUCGAAAUUUUGCAAAAUCAUUAGAAGGACAAAUGCGAAAAGCAAUGCAUGGAGCGCCUGAUGCAAUUCAAAAGAAAAAACUUGUUGCCAUACGAAUGCUUGCACAUACUUUGCGACGUUACACGUCUUUGAAUCAUUUAGCUUCAGCUGCACGAGGUGUUUUACAAAAACCUGAUCAAAUUCAACAAAUGUUUCAAGAUUUUAAUCGAGUUGACAUAACAAAUGUACAAGAUCAAGCCGGAUGGAUUUGCGAUUGUGAUCCUAUUCUUGUUUCAAAUCUGCAGUCUGAUUUUCGUGAUAAUUUGCAGAAACAUAAGACUUUAGAACAAUGGGCUGAUUGGAUGGAAGCUGUUGUUGAUCAGGUUUUGGCGAAAUAUCAUGACAAACCUUUUCCAAUAUUAGCAGAUGUUUCUAAACAAUUUUUAAAAAAUUGGUCCUUUUAUAGUUCAAUGAUUAUUCGUGAUUUGACUCUGCGUUCAGCCCAGUCAUUCGGUUCAUUUCAUUUAAUUCGUCUUCUUUACGACGAAUAUUUACUUUAUUUGGUGGAACUAAGGCUAUCCAAAGCUGCUAAUAAGCCAGUUAUCUCUAUUAUGGCAGAGACCUUGGAAAAUACGAAUCAUCACCACAAUCUUUCUUCCCGUCAUCACCAACAUCAUCAACUUCACCAAGCACAACAUCGAUUAAACUCAGCAGUAAUUGCGACGUCAAAUCAUUCUAUCAUUGCAAAUAAUUUAGGAAUGAUGGAAGCACAAAACAAUCAUGUUUUUAAUGCCGAAGAUGGUGUAAAUAUUGUGUACAUGGAUGAAAAUUCAGGUCAAACACAUUCAAUUCAUUACGUCGACAUGGUACCCAGUAGCAAUAUGGACACCCUUGAACAAAUUGUUCAAAGUAGUGAUAUGACAUUGGAACAAGUGAAGAAUGAUCUGCAUGAUCAAGCAAAACAACUUGAUAUCAUUUGA